AUGGCCGUUGCAAACGGAGACUCGGCUGCAUCGGCGGCCGCGGCGCUUGAGAAUCUCAAGCCGCCGCCAGGAGUUAUCAUCCCACCACCGGGUGAAAUCCGCGAAGCGAUCGAGAAGACGGCUGGCUAUGUCAUGCGCGGUGGCCUUGGCCUCGAACAGCGCAUCCGCGAGAACCACGGCAAAAACCCAAAGUUUAGCUUUUUGAUGAAGCAUGACGACCCGUACAACGCCUACUACGAAUGGAGGAAAGAGGAGAUCAAGGCCGGCCGUGGUACCGCGGUGGCGGCUGGUCGCGUCGGAGAGAAUGCUGCGCCAGCGAAGGAAGAGCCAAAGGGGCCUCAGAAGCCUCCCGACUUCCAGUUCUCAGCCCGUAUGCCUCGAAUGAGCCAGAAAGAUUUGGAGAUUGUGCGACUAACUGCCUUGUUCGUCGCAAAGAACGGGCGCCCUUUUAUGACACAGCUUGCGCAGCGUGAGCAUGGCAACCCUCAGUUCCAGUUCCUGGCUCCCAACCACACUUUCCACAACUUCUUCCAGAGCCUCAUCGAUCAGUAUUCAAUUCUCCUACGCGAGAGCGGCGUCAAUGGCGAAGGCACCAAGCUGCACCAAGCCCGUGUUGAAGAACUUCGCCGCAGUGCUACCGACAAAUACCAUGUGCUCGCGCGCGCCAAGCAGAGGGCGGAAUAUGCCAAAUGGGCCGAGGCUGAGAAGGCGAAGAAGGAGGAACAGGAGGAACAAAAGAAGGAGGAGCUUGCGCGGAUCGACUGGAACGACUUUGUCGUGGUUGAGACCAUCACUUUUACCGAAGCCGAUGACCAGGCAUCCCUUCCGGCCCCGACGACUCUCAACGAUCUCCAGUAUGCUUCUUUGGAAGAGAAGAACAAGAUGUCGAUCAGCUCCAGUCUCCGCAUCGAGGAAGCGUUCCCAUUCGAGGACACCAGCUACAACGCUUAUCCUCCGCAGGUAUAUGGCGUGCAGGCCCCGGCCGCAGUGCCGCAACCAACUCACCAAACGCCUGCCUAUCCGGCUGCCAAUACCCCGCCACCUCCAUCGUAUGGCUCAUCUGAACCAGUUGGAGGAUCCAGGUCUGCAGAGGAGGAACAUGAGGUACAGAGAAUUCGAGAAAGAGAGCAAGAAAGGCUACGCAUGCAACAGGCACAGACCGAAGCCCGCGGUGGCGCCGCGCCCAUGAAGAUCAAGGAGAAUUACGUUCCACGGGCGGCUCAGAGGGCAGCAAACAAAAUCGGCGCCCAGACGGCCAUAUGCCCCAACUGCAAGCAGCAGAUUCCGCUCAACGAGAUGGAUGAUCAUAUGAGAAGUGAGCAUCUGAUCCAUGUUAUCUUUGUUUUUCAGCAGGUACUAACACAUCUGGUAGUUGAACUCCUCGAUCCACGGUGGAAAGAGCAAAAGGCCAAGGCAGAGGCCCGGUAUGCCACCACCAACCUUAGCACGGUGGACGUGGCCAAUAAUCUCAAGCGCUUGGCCAGUCAACGCAGUGACCUGUUUGACAAUGCCACUGGCCAGGCACUGUCGGAGGAGGAGCAGGCACGGAGAAAGAAGAUUGCACUGCACUCGUUCGACGGCAACCCAGAAACCGCCCAUGUGAACCAGAUGCAGAACUUCAACCUUGACGAGCAGAUUCGGGCUAUUCACCAGAAAUUUGCGGACAAAUAG